GAAGGCAGCAGUCAGUAAGCAGACAGACAUGGUGAAAAAUUUUGUUCGCAUCGCAGUCUCGAAUAGUGCAAACAAGCUGGAAAAUCGUGCAGAAAAUCCGUGAAAUCGUGCGUGUGAGCGAAUCGGUCUUGGGACGGUCGCCUUUUGCGUGAAACGGUCACGUUUUGCCGGGGGUAACUCGAUUUCUGUGUUGCUCAGGUUGAAGUCAAUUUUUUUUCCUGAAACAUGUGAAAAAACAGGAUCCAGCAAUCAGUCUGUGACAAGUUGAUGGUGAAUGGGUUGCUGAGAUUUCUGGCAGGGUGAAAAAAGGUAAAAAGGUGUCUGUGCUUAACAUCCAUUUCCUACCGCGAGCAUCUGAAAAAUUAAGUGGAAAAUUGCUCCCGGAGGACACUGAAGUGAUAUGCAAAUGAAAAAGUGGCUCAAUAGCAGUGUAAAUGCAAUUACAAGAGCAAGUGCGAUUUAAAUUCCGUGAAUAAGAAAAGGCAACACCUUCUCCUUGUUCCCUCAACCGUCGUCAUCGUCAUCGUAGUCGUCGGCCUCGGCCUGCGCCCUAGAGCCAGCGGAGUCAAUUUUGUCAAUCGAGGAGCCCCAUCACUCGGCGGAUUCCCGAGAAAUCAAAAGCGCAAGUUUGCCGAUAAAGUUUGACGCAAUUAUUGUGAACAUCGUGGGAAGGAAGCUUUCAUUACUGGAUUAUUUCAUCAUACUCAGCUUUACGGAAAAUUCAUAGGAAAAUAUAGCACUUUCAACGAGUCGAAAAAAAACAAACCAUCGUGAACAUUUUUUAAAACAAUUGGCUACUUCUUGGAAACGAAAGCAAAGCACCUGGUCAGCAUCAUACUCCACUCUGCAUUCAUUAUCUCUGGUGAGCUGUCUGUACCCCAGCCGGUCAUCGAACCGGCGAGAAUAGUACAGUAGCUGCAGCAGCAACUUUUAUCUGCCGUUGUGACGUAGAUAAUGAAACAGAUCAAUGUCUCGGUGGUUGGGCUAUCCGGUGUCGAGAAGGACAAAGGUCAACUGGGAGCGGGCAAGUCCUGCCUGUGCAACCGAUUUGUGCGGCCGAAAACAGACGACUAUGCAAUUGAUCACAUUUCGGUGCUGAGUCAGUCGGACUUUAGCGGCCGUGUCGUUAACAAUGACCACUUCCUUUAUUGGGGCGAAGCGCGCAAAACGUCAGAAGAAGGUGUCGAUUAUAACUUUAGCGUAGUUGAGCAGACCGAGUUCGUAGACGAUGCCACAUUCCAGCCAUUCAAAGUGGGCAAAAUGGAACCGUAUACCAAACGUUGUUCGACAAUCCGGCUCAGCUCGCAGGAGAAGCUCAAAUACAUCUGCAAGAAUCAGCUGGGUAUCGAGCAUGAAUACGAGGAGAUUGUGCUACCAGAAGGGCGGUUCCUGGUCGAUGGAUUCGUAUGCGUUUUCGAUGUCAGUAUCGUCCCGAAUAGGACCGUAGAAAAGCAGGUGGAGUUCAUUACGCAGAUCAUCAAUAACAUUCUAAAAAACAAAAAACCAGUCGUGCUGGUAACGACUAAGAAUGAUGACUCUAAUGAGCUGUACAUCCGAGAAGCAGAAAAAAUCUGCGCCCGGAAGGAAUACAAAGGGCAAAUUGUGAUGGUAGAAACGUCGGCACACGAGAGCAUAAAUGUCGAUCUUGCAUUCAUAGUCCUAGCACAAAUGAUCGAUAAAGCCAAGCAGCGAUCGAAGAUCAUGUCUUAUUCAGAGGCGGCCAAGCAACGAACAGAUUUACUAAAUGCCAGCUCAGAAUAUGUUACACGUCUUAUCCGAACCCAAAUCACAGAUCAUCGUUCGAUAUGGACGAGUUCUUCCAAAAAGUUAGCCAAUCACAGAGAAUGGCUCGACUUUUUGGAACUGUUCGGCCAAGAGGCAGGGCAGAGGAUAUUUCGGCGUCACAUCAAGAAGCUUCGUGACGAUUAUCAGGGUAAGAAGCUGCAGAGCUACAUGGAUUCAUUUGCUUGUGUGCUGCAGGAAAUUCUGCCGGACAUGAACAGUAUCAACCUUGAAUUGGACACGUUCAACGAUUGGCAGUCGAUACGGAAUUAUUUCCGUAACCAUGUCGAAUAUGAGCAGUACUUUUUCGAUGCCAUAGAGAGGGGAGGGAGUUGGGCGGAACUGAGCGAUAUGAGCGACAUGGAGGACGAAAAUCGAAUACCUUUCGAUAUCCUGGACACUCCGGAUGCGGAAACUGUGUUCAAGAAUCAUAUGAAUGCCCUGCAGCAGGAACAAAAACGAUUAGAAUGGAAGAAGCAGUUCAAGAAGCUACUUGAGGAAACGGGAUACGUCACACCAGGCAAGCAAUUGUCCGAGGUUCGAGUGCUCUUCAUGGGUCGUGAAUGUUUCGAAGCACUGUCCGAGCACGACUGUCAGCAAAUCUACGAUAACCAUCAGCGUGAACUGAUCGAAACGGCCAAGCGUAACUUCCAGGAGCUGCUGAUGGAGCAUGCGGACUUGUUUUACCAUUUCAAGAAUAUUGAACCGUCGGGAACAAUCACGCAGAAUGACGUCAAGGAAAUUACCGAUGUGUUGCAGGAAGAUUUGCGGUACAAAUUGCUCGAUCGCUUGGAACAAGACAGGAAGCUGAUGCUGUUUCAACAUCUUGGGUUUGUGCACUGUCCAAUCCGAGAACACUGUCCUGCUUUCCCGAACUGUAUGGAUGCACUCAUCGAACGGAUAUUGAUCGCCAAUCAAAACCUGCCAAAUCCGAGAUUUGCACAAAAAGACGGCCAACUGCAGCUUAAUCUCAUAGUCAUUGGGCUGGAUUACAUUGCGAACGAUUUUAUCGACAAAGUUCACCAACAAUGCAACGACAAUGGCGAGUAUAUUGUGGACGGUCAAGUCUAUGGGCUAAGCAUCGAAACGAUCAACCGGGAAAACGAUUCUUUUUCGUUUGACCUGGCAAACAAAGGACUGAUCUGCUGCUACUCGAACAGGCAAACGUUCACGUACAUAUACGAGGUACUCGAUCGCCUGCUGGUGGACAACAUCGAUUUUAAGGAUAGUGUUAACAAUUUACACAUAGUGUUUAUGAGUGAUGAAAAGAACAGUGAGAGCACCCUCCAACAGCUGCAAAAUGAUGGCCAAUCACUGGCAGAACGACUUCACUGCGUAUUUAUCGACGAGAAUGAAUUCUACGCCUCCGGCCAAGAAGCACGAUUCAUAGAAACGACACUGAACAGCGUUAUUGAUUCGAUUCCCUUCGAUGAGCUCAAAUACGGUAUGAACUUAGCUGAUAUUCCUGAUCUACGUAUUAUUAUGUGCAUCUUUUGCGGUGAUCCUUUCUCGACUGAAAACCUACUAAGUUCAAUGAUGAUUGAGCAGUCGUGCAUUAACGCAGGGGAAAGGAAUAUAAUUUUCGAAAUGUUUUUGGGUGAUUCCAAGCGACGGGUUGAACUAAUCCUGUCCUCGUACCAUGGAGCAAACGCUUUCAGAGAUGAUCUCAUCCAUGGAUUCAUUCUGCUCUACUCUAGUAAACGAAAGGCUUCCCUUUCAACACUUAGCGCAUUCUCAUUGAACAUUCCGAAUCUCCCCAUGCAAAUUGUUUCCGUAUCUGAACAGGGUGGAGUGAAUGCAUUUUUCAACAACGAAACAUCACAAAUGUUAAUCACCGAAGGCAAUGCUGUGGCCGAUAAAUUGAGAGCACAUUUUGCAACUGCAUCCGACGAAGACAACCAAUUUAAAUUUGCUUCGUUUGCUCCGUUUCUCAAAGAGGUGUGGGACAAGAAACCCGAGAUCGAACAUGCUUUCAACAUGGAAGAACCGCUAACGAUCGAUUCGGGUGAAGGUACAAUGGAACAUUCCAUGCACCAUCAUCACCAACAGGCACCCCAACCUCCACCUCGUUACGAGAGUUAUCUAAUCAACGGUUCCCAAACGACCUACCGCAGUCAACACCAGCAUCCCCAUCAGCAGCAAAAAAUGCUUUUCGACAACCGAUCAAUUAACUCUCUAGAUGAUCUAGAUAACCUCAAGCAACACCAACAACAGUAUUCCAAUAUGUACUACUACGAAGACAGUAGCGAUUUUGACAAGGGUGGUAGCAACCAGGGCUUUCAAAUCUAUCCACCACCAACGACACCGCCGGAGCCGGCUCCACCAGAUCACCUGCUUACGCCAUCCUCGAUUCUACGGCAACUAAAGGCUAAUACCGUAUCUCAGUCACAAAGCAGCUUAGAGGAGAUCAACUCCGACGUCAGUGGAUCCAAGGACUCGAUCAACACAUACGACUCAGGCUGGUUGGACGAUGGUUUUCUUAUUCCGAAGCAAGACAACAAGCAAAACGAAGAUAUGUGGAAAAACAUGAACCCCCAUCACGCGUUCACAACCGGCCGAAGGCCAAACCAAAGUUCGUUCGCAAAGAAAAUUCGCCCUAAGGGUCCCAGCCAAACGCUGAAGCAGCCGGGAAAACUCAAUCUCAAAAGCUUUGCCAUAGUUAAUGAGGCCAUUGCACGCAUGAACCUGGGUGAUGGACAGGGCCCAUUCCAGGGUAGCGGUGGUCAACCCAUGACGGAGAAGGAGAAGAAGAAAGCCAAAAAGUUGCUUCAACAGCAGUUAGAAAAUGCACCGCUGGCGGCGCCGGAAGACGACAGUGAGGAUUACGAAGACGAGGCUGGAUAUGAGCAGAUAAAUGAUGCAUUCAGCGAUGCGGUUAACAAUGUAGCGAGUCAAUUAUUUACUACCUUUUCGGGUGGGCAACGCGGGGAUGGUGUUCAACAGGGCAUAGACUUGACCGGAGGAAAAGGAAAACUUCGACAACGACGGGAGAAGGAACAAACUGGUACCACAUUUCCAACAGUAUUCAACAUUCAGGAAUAUUCCGACUCAGAGAGUGACUCCAGUUCACUAGAGCGCAAGCGUUCGACUGACGGGUAUUCUAAAAUAAACCGCAAGCCUCAAGGCCAUAAACGCCAUCGUAAGAAGCGUACCGCUAUCCCAGUCCAGCCACCAAAGAUUCCACUUGGACCAUUCGGGAGCGGAGUUGCGGGUGAUGGCGGCGGUCAACCAAUUAUGAUCGGUGUCCCUGGAAGUGGACAGAUAGGAUCAGCUCUCGGAAUGCCAAUGAUGUAUCAGAAGCUUAAAAACGAAAAAAAUAUGGGCAUGGACAAGGAUAAGCAAGAAGAUGAAUCGAGUAUCGACGUGUCUUCACCCAGAGAUAAUAAUUCACCAAUUUUCGGGGUCCUGCCGAAGAUGGGUGACCGAGAAAAACUUAUCACCAAGCAGAAGAAUUGGUUUGGAAAAGAGAUUGACAGUAGCAAGAGCAGUUCCAAAGAUUCCAAGGAUUCGGAUUCCAAUGCGAAGAAAACGGCUGGUCGAUCCGGCAAGGGAACCAGCGGAAAGAAUGCUAAAAAUGCGCCUCCGAUUCCGCAGCAACCAUCGUUAGCUAGUUUUAAGCAAUCGGACAAAAAUCUUGUGCCACUGUUUGUGGAAAAAUGUGUCAAAUUCAUCGAACUGGAAGGUCUAGACUCUGAAGGGAUUUAUCGAGUACCGGGAAAUAGGGCACAUGUUGAUUUGUUGUACCAGAAAUUUGAUGAAGAAGAUGAUGUGGACAUCGAAAAGUUAGAUAUUCCUGUGAAUGCAGUGGCCACGGCCCUCAAGGACUUUUUCGCCAAACGAUUGCCGUCGCUGUUCAAUACAGAAAUGAUGGCCGAGUUAGAGGAGAUUGCUGGUUCGCGGCCCCUGCAGGCUAUUAGCAGCCUCAACAUGGAAGUGAAAACGGAUAGAAGUUGCCGACUGAUUUCGCUGCGUUCGCUGUUGGGAAAGCUUCCACAGAGUAAUUUUGCCAUAUUGAGCUUCAUAUUCCAGCAUUUUGUGAGGGUUUCUGAAAACUCCAAACUGAACAGUAUGGACAGCAAAAAUUUGGCGAUCUGCUGGUGGCCUACACUGCUCCCGAUCGAGUUCACCGACAUGAUGCGGUUCGAAACCAUGCGCCCAUACCUGGAGGACAUCGUGCAGACCAUGAUCGACCAGUAUCCGUUUCUAUUUUGCGGCGAGGAGGCCUUCGUGAUGGUUUGAUGUAGUGAGCAGUGACAGCCCCAUUGUCUGCCGCUACCGGACAGGGAAUGAGGCGAGUGCGUUGUUGAUUAAUUUUUAGUUAUGCAGCUUUGGCCCGCGCAUGGGGAAGUGCAUGGGUUUUGAGUUAUUUCUCAAAAUUGCGUCCGGCUUUAAUUAGAUGAGAAAUAUUAUUUUCUGGCGCAAACCCUUAUUUGCUUAUCGUUUAGGUGAAACUACACGAAUGCUUAGAAACAUGCUACUUACUCCAAUGUCGUCGAACCGUGAACAUUAAUAAACCGACAUUCUUUAAUAGAUUCAGAGAUAUUUUUAACUGGUUUAUCAGUGUAUUUGAACAAAAUAUGGGAAAAUAAGAAUAUUUGUAUAUUUACCUGUGUAUAUUUUUAAGGCAAAAAGUAACGUCGCUCUGAACAGUAGUGGAUCAAAAUGAAAAGAAAUGUCAUUUUUAAAUUAGAACCGUUAUGUCAAAAUAACUAGAAGUAAAAAGGCAUGAUAAGAAUGUUAAAAAUAUGUGGUGAUAAACUCAUUAUAAUUUUAGUAAUUUUUAGUUAAACUGUUCUAAGAAUCAAGAAACACCACACGAAUCACGAAUCUCGAAAACCAUAAAUAUUUCCUUGAUCAGUGUUGCCAACUGGAUAAAAUUUUGUUUCCUUCCUGUUAUUGCUCAACGGACUUCUAAGCGGUUUUUAUCUAGAAUAAAAUGCUAAAAAGUAUUUUUUUUUAAUUAAAACCGCUUAGUAUGCACAGGUCAAAGCAUAACAUCUUGGGCGGAAAACGUAAAUGUUUAGAAAAGUUCCUAGCUGCUUUUAGUUGUUUUUUCUUUAUUUACUAGUCGAUUGUUCAACCAAAUUGGCUAUUGUUGAAACUGUCUGGCAACACUGUUAUCAAGUACGCAAGUAUAUAAUACUGAUACUUUUCAAACGAACACGGAGAUCCCCCAAUUCAGAGACUAACAAAAAUGUGCCAUCCCACAUCAGAAUGUAGAAACGAAUGUCCCUCGGUGUCCUCACUCAGUGUACUUCCCAGCUAAUUUACUCAUGUAUGCAAUGACUAACAUGUCGUAGUGCAACCCUUGACCAGAAGAGGCCCCACUCAAGUACUAAACAUAUACUCGAAAAAGACGCUUCCUCUAUUAUAAAGACACAAAACUCAAACUUAAUUCACACCGAAUGAUUUCAACCAGAGAAACGAAAACGAACACGUCCUUCCUUAUUUAAGUCAGAGAAAGUAAAGCGAAUAGAAUAUAGAAAUCGAUAAUAGAGUGCAACCAGGUAAAGGAAAGGCCAUUUUCCGUUUUAUUUUCUUUAGUUUAUUGUUUUAAUAUAGAAUGCAAAAACAACUAAUGAGAGACAUACCUAAAACACUCUAAUGGAAAGUGAUUGUCAACAAGUGAGAACAGUGAUGCGCUUCUUAUGUAAUAUGUAUGUUGUGUUUUAUACUUUUUUUUAGUUUAGCACAAAGCUCUAAAAAGUUUAUUUUAUAAAAAUCACAUUUUAGUGCGCCAGCACGAAACGCAAAAUCCUAGGAGCUACAAAUAGUUGUGUAUUGUAUAUGUGAGUAACGAAAAAGGAAACAAAGAAGAAAACUUCACAACAAACGUC